CUUAAUAAUCAGCAGCCGCCUACUAUUCUAAGCUGCCUACAAGUCAAAUAAGAACAAACACAGAAAUGCAAAAACAGAAAAAAAAAAAAAAAAAAAAAAAAAAAAAAAAAAAAAAAAAAAAAGAAGGAAAGACAAAACAAAAAGGAACUCAUCGUGUUACAAUUUCGUUAGAAACUAGGCUGCUCCAUACAAUUUCGUAAAAUGUUCUAUUUUCUCUUUCGCCCAAAAUUAAAACAAAGCUGCAGCUCUAACUAUACAUUUCUUCACCAUCUCUUGUAAAACAAUUAGCUGCAGCCAUGGCUUUCCAUCAUCGAAAGCUAAUCUUUGAAUCUCUAGACAAUUCCACGGGCAAAACUUGUAGCAGCUAUUAUUGCAACGCAAAAGAGAAUCCUUCUGAAAUUUGUCCACUUUCAUGUCUAUAUGUUUGCUACCCAAUUUGUUCUUUUCCUCUGUUUUCAGAAAUCCAACCACCUCUACCACCUAAUUUUUUCACACCAAAAAUUCCUCUUCCUCAGUCUCCACAUAAACCCACUAUUUCCAUCUUCUUGAUCAUUCUCUUUUCUGUUUUAGCCACUUCUUUCUUCAUAUUUUGUUGCUUUAUUGUUUACAAAUUCCGCAACUCAAGAAUUUUGUCACAACGGCAGCAGCAAGUGGAAGAAGAUGAUGAGUUUAGUGAUAUUGUUGAUGAAGAUAUUUAUAGACCAAUGGUGGAUCAUCCUAUAUGGUAUAUUAGAACAGUGGGUCUUCAGCCAUCAGUUAUUAGCGCUAUCACAAUUUGCAAGUAUAAAAGAGGUGAAGGACUAAUUGAAGGAACAGAUUGUUCUGUUUGCUUGAGUGAAUUUCAAGAAGAUGAAACUCUUAGAAUUUUGCCCCCGUGUAACCAUGCUUUUCAUAUACCUUGUAUUGACACUUGGCUUAGAUCACACACCAAUUGUCCUAUGUGCCGCGCCGGCAUUGUCAUCGCCACAACCGCGCCAUCACCGUCGCCUGAACAGAACUUAGGGCUGAGACAUGAAGAAGAAACUCGUUCAGAGAAUGCCACGGAAUUAAGGAUUGAGAUUGAAAAUGAAGGUGAUUCAGCGAAUAUAAGUAGUAUGGAUAUUAGUGGAAAUUCCAAGGAAGAUGUGGGGGAUGGUAAUGAAGGAGAGUUAGGUGAAUUUUAUGCAUCAAGAAUACCAGCUUCUUCGGAAUCUUUAUCUACAGCUUUUAUGACAAGUGCUUCUACUGAUGCAAAUGAACAAUCAACUGAUCAAAAUUCAAGUGAGGAAUCAAUUGAGGUAAAUGAUUCAGAGAUGGGAACUUAUGUAUCACACAGUAGUUUUGAUGUUAAUGAGAGCUCAUCAGAAAAGAGAAAUUUUUGUGUGGACAGAGUAAUGGAGAAAGAGCAAAUGAGGUCUCUUUCUUUCAGUACAAGGUAGUGAUCAGAAGAAGCCAGAGUGCAGCCCUUCUAAGGUGAAAUUAAUUACAUUGUUUUCUUAGAGAAUUUUCAAGUGAGACAUAUGAAAAUUCUAGGUGUCUCAAAAACUCUUAUAAAGAUGAGAGUUUGCCCUUUCCUUUCCCCCAGCCACCCUACUCCCAUAGAAAAGCAAAAUUAAUACUACUUCAAAAAGGAAAAAUAUAAAAUAAAAGCAAAUAAGAAAAAAGGACACCUAUUGCUUUUAUAUUGUAUCAGAUACUUUAUCAAUGUUAGCUGUAGUAAGUAGUACUAGUAUAAGAAGUUUGAGGCUGAUGUAAAAAUGGAGAUCAGCCAGAGAGAAAAGAAUCUCUCUUAUAUUGUCAAUGCCAUAGGCUUCUGGCAAAAGUUAUCAAUAUUAUUUCAUAUCUGUUUGUAAAGUAUAACUGUGUCUUUUCUUUUUUGUUUUUUUUUGUGUCCUGGCUUUAGUUUA